AUGUCUUUCCGGGCCUGGCGACCCGGACUUUUCAGCCCUCUUAACAACCCAACUUUCAUACGUAAUACAUUCAGGGCCACGGACGAGCUUGCGAUAGCUCUGAAGGAAGCCCACAUUGACGUGGUCUCAAAGGAGGUCUUUAUUCGGGAACCAAUGUCCCGUCUUGAAAACCUUAAGGAUCAGGACGCGCGUAUCAUAGUUGUAAAUGCAUAUGAGGACAGGGCAAGAGCCGUUCUUUGCGACGCAUACAAAAUUGGGCUGUAUGGACCCAAGAUAGUUUGGAUGUUUCUCGGCUGGUUUUCGGAAACUUUCUGGCGGGCAAACAACGCUGAGGUUGAUUGUACAGUGGAACAGAUGGACCUGGCGAUAGAGGGCGCCUUUCUGAUGCGUCCCAUAUACAAUAAUCCCAUAGAAGAAAGAGGCAUCGCAAAUCUCACCAACCUGGAAUUCAUGGCACGCUUUCUGCGUCACCCUGACUACAGCGCAUCUUCCCAAGCAUACGAUUUUAUCGCUGCCCAGUGUUAUGACACAAUUUGGUUGUGCGCUUUGGCCUUGAACUGCACCAUUGAAACUCUGGAUGCAAUUGGUCAUUCUAAAAAACUGGACAAUUUCACAUAUGCUGAUGGCGACAUCGGGGAGAUUAUAUUUAAAUGUACCGGAAAGACAUCACUGACUGGAGCCUCCGGCAGAAUAUCCUUUCACAACGGAUCAGACCCAAACAAAAUGAUCCGCGUUGAACGUAUCCAAGGUAGCAGGAGGGUUUUAGUUGCGUUUUUUCGACAGGAUCUUGCACCAAACUCUUACUUCGACUGGAUGGAGGGGGCUAUUAUCUGGAAAGAUAAUCUGAUACCACGUGACUCGACGCAUAACGUACAUGAAGAGAAGAUUGUUCCUUUGCCCCUGUAUAUGUCGAUGUGUACAAUGGCCGGUCUUGGUAUUAUCACUUCGGUAUCCUUCUUUGUAUUCAACAUCGUCUUCAGACAUAAUAGGAUCGUAAAGUUGUCUUCUCCAAAUAUCAACAAUGUCCUGCUGCUCGGAUGUUUUCUCUGCUACGUCACCGUGUUCAUUAAGACAACACAGACCAACAAUGCAUCGCUAUGCGUAGCACGCGUGUUUUGCUUUUGCCUGGGGUUUACCUUAGUGUUCGGUUCCUUGUUCUCCAAGACCUGGAGAGUCUACAGGAUCUUCACGAACAAACAGCUAAGGAGAAUGAACAUCAAAGACUACCAGUUACUCGUAAUUAUUGGCAUCAUUGUGGGUGUUGUCGUGGUAGUGCUAGUUGCCUGGGAGAUCUACGCACCUCAUGAAAUUGUCAUCAAAUAUAUUGAUAAGUCCUACACAAACGGAAGUGACGAGAUCGUCCACCAAUUCGUCCGCAUAUGUUUCUCCAAGAACUCAUCCUACUUUACGUGGUCUCUCUACAUCGUUGAAGGAGCCUUACUGUCCUUUGGAGCUUUUCUUGCCUGGGAAACGAGAAACGUAAAGAUUGAGGCCCUGAACGACUCCCAACAAAUCGGCAUCUGCCUGUACAACGUUGUGAUUCUCAGUGGUGUCGGCCUCACCCUCUCGUUGCUCUUGGAGGACCAGGUCGUUCCCUUGUAUGGGGUCACUUCCAGUUGCAUCAUUCUGGGAACGCUUGUCACAGAGUUGAUCGUCUUCAUUCCUAAACUCCAUGCCGUGAACAAUAAAAUAGAGGCAGCCCCUAUCACUACCAAACCAGGACCUAGUUCCACAAACGUUGGCGCGACUUCGACGACGGUAUAAGAAACAAGCCUAAUAUGCUGGCCACAUCCGAGUCGUGAAAUAGUAUUACCUAAUUUACUUGUUUGCUUGCGAAU